AUAUGUCUUACCACAAAAGCUCUACAUCUUCAAGAAUGUCUGUUGGUGGUGGUGGCUAUGGGACCACUGUUUCCUCAUUUCUUGGAAACUCUGGAGGAUCAUAUGGUGCAGGAGCUUUUGGUGGUAGCCAAUAUGGAGGUACUGCCCAUGGCUUUGGAGGGGCAGGGGCUUUUGGAGGUAGCCUGAGUAAUGCUGGUGGCUUUGGUGGUGCAGGGGCAUGUGGAGGUAGCCUGAGUGGUGCUGGUGGCUUUGGUGGUGCAGGGGCAUUUGGAGGUAGCCUGAGUGGUGCUGGUGGCUUUGGUGGUGCAGGCUUUGGAGGUAACCUGAAUGGAGGCAGCUUUGGUGGAGAUGGCCUUCUAUCUGGAAGUGAAAAGGAAACCAUGCAGAACCUUAAUGAUCGUCUCGCUUCAUACCUGAACAAAGUACGAGCAUUAGAGGAAGCCAAUGCUGAUCUUGAAAGCAAAAUUAAGGCUUGGUAUGAAAAACACAACAAAGAUAACAAGCCAGACCAUGACUACAGUAAAUAUUACAAAAUCAUUGAUGACCUCAAGAAACAGAUUCAAUCCGCUACUGUGGACAACUCAAGGGUCAUCUUACAAAUCGACAAUGCACGUCUGGCAGCUGAUGACUUCAAAUUAAAGUAUGAGAAUGAGCUGUACCUACGUCAAAAUGUGGAAGCUGAUAUUAAUGGGCUUCGCAAAGUGUUAGAUGACCUCACCAUGACCAAGUCUGAUCUUGAGUCACAGAUUGAAAGCUUGACUGAGGAACUUAAGUAUCUCAAGAAGAACCAUGAGGAGGAAAUGAAGAGUUAUCAAGGAGCAACAGGACAGUUAACUGUGGAGAUGCAAGCUGCUCCAGGGAAUGACCUUACAAAACUUCUAAAUGACAUGAGAGCUGACUAUGAACAAUUAGCAGAGAAGAAUCGGAGGGAUGCAGAAGCCCAGUUUAAUGACGCGAGUAAGGCCCUCAAGCAGGAAAUCUCACAUGGAUCUGAGCAGGUUCAAUCCAGCAAAACUGAAAUCACUGAUUUGAAACGUUCUCUACAGUCCCUGGAAAUUGAGCUACAAGCUGCUCUGGCUACGAAAAAAUCCCUAGAGAGCUCAUUAGCAGAGACCGAGGGCAACUACUGUGUAAAACUUGGGCAAAUCCAAGAAAAACUCAUCUCCUUGGAACAACAGAUGUGUGAUGUUAGGAAUGACAUGGAAAGACAAAGCAUGGAGUACGAUCAGCUUCUUGACAUCAAGACCAGACUGGAAAAGGAAAUUGAGACCUAUCGCCGCUUGCUAGAUGGUGAAAACAGUGCAAUAAAAUCGCCCUCUCCAGUUAUGCAUGAGUCAACUAAAAGCCGAAAGACUAAAAUCAUUGUUGAGGAAUUGGUUGACGGAAAAGUGGUAUCACACAAAGUCAAUGAGACUGAGGAGAAGAUAUGAUCAGAACCACUAAGCCCUCCUGUAAUAUACGUACAAGCUACUACUUUCUAAAACAAUAAUUGAUGUCCCAUGACAUCUUUGUUCUAAAUAUUAUG